AUGAAAGAAGCCCAAGACGCCCCGAGAGUGGGCAUCCACUUUCCGCCCGGGAUCCCAGACAAGGUCUCAGAGGAAGUAUCACGCAUCGCGCAGAUAUUCACAGUCGAUGGAGAAAGUCUCAGACGUAUAACAGAUCAUUUUGUCCGGGAAUUGGACAGAGGUCUAACUCACGAAGACAGCGAUAUACCCAUGAACGUCACCUGGGCGAUGAAAUACCCGACCGGGUACGAAACAGGCCAAUACCUGACCAUCGACAUGGGCGGGACGAACAUCCGCGUCUGCAACGUGAUUCUGACAGAGGAGAAAGGUGGAUAUGAGAUCACGCAGAGCAAGUUCAAGCUACCCAGGGGAUUGAAGACGGGGACGGCAGACGAGCUAUGGAACUAUGUCGCGGACCGGGUAGCGGAGUUUCUGGUCGAGCAUGAUCUGCACCCAGGGGAGGAGAAACUGCCACUGGCUUUUACGUUCUCGUACCCCGUGACACAGGAGAAUAUUCGGCACGGCGUGCUGCAGCGCUGGACGAAGGGGUUUGAUAUUGCGGGGGUGGAGGGACAUGAUGUUGUGGCGCAGUUGGAGGAGGCGCUUGAGGUUAGGAAUGUGCCGGUUCGCGUCGUCGCCCUGGUCAAUGAUACCACCGGGACGUUGAUCGCGUCGGCUUACCGCGACCCGCAGGUCAAGAUCGGGAGUAUCUUCGGCACCGGGUGCAAUUCGGCGUAUCUGGAACGGUGUGGGCGUGUGCCGAAGAUCGCGGGUUAUGAGCUUCCAGAUGACCAGCCGGUGGCGAUUAAUACGGAGUAUGGGGCCUUUGAUAACAGCCAUCAGGUGCUUCCUCGUUGUCAGUUUGAUGUCGAGGUCGAUCGGACGUCUCCGCGACCGGGCCAGCAGACGUAUGAGAAGAUGGUUGCGGGGCUGUAUGUUGGGGAGAUCGCGAGGCUGAUUCUCAUUCAUCUGCAUGAUACGUCGGGGUUCUUGGAGGGGGCGGAUAUCAGUCGUCUGAGACGGGUCAACUCGAUGGAAUCGUCCUGCGUGUCGAAGAUGGAAGAGGACGGCUCUGCAACGGAGAGUGUUAUGGCUGAGACCCGUGCUAUCUUGAAUGAACAAUUUGGAAUUGAACCGACGUUGCAGGAGUUGAGAGUUUGUUGUCUCAUCGGGGAGAUUGUAUGCACCCGGGCCGCGCGACUGUAUGCCUGUGGCAUUGCGGCAAUUUGCAAGAAGGAGGGCUUGGAAACAGGUCGGGUUGGAGUGGACGGGUCGACAUUCGAGAAGCUGUUCCGGUUCAAAACCCGUGCUGCCGCUGCUUUGCGGGAGAUUAUGGAUUGGCCAGAUGAUGUUGAGGACCUGGUCACUUUUGUUCAAGCAGAGGAUGGAUCGGGAAUUGGAGCGGCGUUGAUAGCAGCCUUGUCCAGUGACUGCCCCCACGGCCCUGCGCGUGUUUCAUAG